UGUCUUCUGGUUCUUCUGGUUCUUCUUCCUUUUGCAGCCUUUGAGGAGUUAAGUCUGCAAUGCGAAGUUAAGAAUACCGUAGUUCAUAAUUUGCAAAGUUCGUGGUCAAAAGAAGCUGUGAUCAUUAAGGAACCCCAAUUUUGCAUUGCUUUGCAGAAUUUACUUCUUUACUUUCCUGCAUGUAUCUCAGCAGAUGAAAGUGGGAAGCGCCUGUUCCUUUCUGAUAGCAAGCAUCAUCGGAUAAUUAUAUUUGAUGGAAAUGGGAAGAUUUUAGACAGUAUUGGUUCUUCCCCAGGUUUUGAGGAUGGUGAAUUUGAGUCUGCAAAGCUGCUUUGCCCUGCUGCUUCCUUUUAUCAUGAUACCGAAGAUUGUCUUUAUAUUGUAGAUUCUGAGAAUCAUGCCAUCAGGAGAGCUGAUUUGGAAAGCAGGGUUUUGGAAACAAUUUAUCCAACAUCUAGCAACAAGAGAAGCACAAGUUUGUGGACCUGGAUCAGGACCAAGCUAGGUUUUUCCGGUGAUGCUGAUCUGAAACUUGAUGAGCAUGAUUCCCAGGCACUAAUGUGUCCUUGGCAUCUGAUAAACUUGGGGGAUAAUAAUAUUUUAAUUACCAGUCGAAGCUUUGAGAAUUUAUGGGUUAUGGAUCUUGCAUCAGGAGCAAUUAAAGAAUCUGUCAAAGAACUUCCGAAUACUUUGGAGUUCUGCAGACACUUUAUCUCGGAGAAAGUAUCCCUCUUGAAAACGAUGCCUGAUUAUCUGUUGCAACAGCACAGUGAUGCCAACUUAUCGCGAGAGGAGCUCCCAUAUGCUGGUCUUAUAUCAUGUGUUACAACUUUUGAAAACCACGUAAUCAUGUGUGACACUGUGGGUCAGGGAGUUCUGAAGUUAAAUAGAGAAUCUGGAAUCAGUUCAAAUUUCCAGUUUUCCAAUCUUGGGGUGCUCGGUCUACCUUACUGGCUGUCCUUCCCUCUGGAAAGAAUUUACAGUGCUGCAGGAUUUUCUGUUGGACAAACUGAUCAUAUUCAAGAAUUUAGUUUGUUGCCAGGUAGGGUUGACAUUCGGGUAAGCAUAGACAUCCCCGAAGACACUGAACUUGUGGAACCUUUGCAUGAAAGUUGCAUAUGGUGCCAAGCAAGGGGGGCUGCUACUGAGUUAUCAGUGGUGGAGCGUGUGACAGGAUCCUCGGAGAAGGUUGGUGUUGCACAACAGUGGUAUGAUGAACUGGACAAUCUUGCCUUUGCGGCACCUGAAUCAGAACUGGUAAUCGAGGAUGACAAUGCUACUACAGAUUCAAAUUCUCAAGAUGAGAGAAUUCACAUUGAUUGUGAAGUUAAUACAAGCCCUGGAACAAGUGAGGUUAUAAUUUAUGCAGCACUGUAUCUAAAACUUAGAAGAAAUCAUGUUGUAGAAGAUGACAACAAUCGGGAGAAAUUUGCAGCAAGGAUAGCAAAUAUUUUGGACCCCAAGGGAAGUGGCGAUUGUUGCACCAAGUUCCUGUUGAAAUCUAACAGUGAUUUGAGAGACCUCAUUUUCAUAAAACCAUUGCACGUGCAAAUAAAGUUGAAUUCUCAUAAUCACCCAAAAGCUGAAAACUCAAAAGACAUCAUCUUAACCGACUCCUCCGUUAAAGUUGACGUCUCCUUGAACUGAAGGCAUGAUUGUUGAUGCUGCCAAUUUUUUUUUUAUAGUUCCCAUUGCUGUAAUGAUGCUCCAUCUCUCUCGUUACUGUG